CGUUUUUGUUUGUUUUUUUUCACAGAAGAGGAAAAAUGUUCAUGUGUUCUGGCAGAGCAGCAGCAGCAGCAAGUCAUUAAGUCAGACUGCACCAUUUUUCUCCUUGUUUUCCUUGUGCUGAGGUGCAGCUGGAGAGCUUCCUUUCCUCCCCCUCUCCCCCUGUAUUUUCUGUGCGCGUGGCUCCUUCCUUGCUCUAGUCAGAGGACACAGGAUCCCUCUACUCCCAAAAGUCUUUUUUUAUUCAAUCUGGGGGACAUGUGGUUUUAAGGAUGGCUGUCUCCCAAACCUAAAGCUUCCCUUCAACAUCUGGUGUCUCUGCAGUUGUGAGGAGAAUCAGUCAGUCUUCUGUAUACCGACUUCACCUGCAUUUGUGGGCAUUAAACAGCCCCCACACCCCUCCCUCCCCUUUCUUGUGCAUCAUUCACAGGAGAUGGGAUCUUCUACAAGAGAUUUGGUCUGCUGAGUUUGUGGGGGAAAAGCGCCACUGUUGGUUCUGUGAAAAUCCUGGCUACCGGCCAGUGCCCUUGACAGAAGUCACCUGGAUUGUAUUGUUCCGCUUGUAAAGUGAAUGUUCUGUAGUCCUCUGCUGCAGGACCAUGGCUCAUGCUGCUGCUCACCUUAAAAAAGCCAGGGAGCUUGAGCCGCCACCAGAUUUAAAAAACGAUAAAGCCAAGGAGAGGAGAAGGCGCUCCAGAGAGAGAGCUGAACGGAAACGCAAGUCUGACAGCAAUACAAGCUUCCUGCGAGCAGCCAGGGCUGGCAACAUUGACAAAGUGCUGGAGUAUCUCAAAGGAGGAGUAGACAUUGGCACUUGUAACCAGAAUGGACUCAAUGCCUUACACCUGGCAGCCAAGGAAGGUCACAUGGGCCUGGUCAUUGAGUUACUGGAAAGAGGCUCGGCUGUCGAUUCAGCCACCAAGAAAGGAAACACAGCCCUGCAUAUUGCAUCAUUGGCGGGUCAAGAAGAGGUCAUCAAAACCCUGGUGAAGCAAGGGGCUGACAUCAAUGCACAGUCUCAGAAUGGCUUCACUCCCUUGUACAUGGCAGCCCAGGAGAACCAUAUAAAUGUUGUGAGGUACCUGCUGGAAAAUGGAUCAAACCAGAGCACUGCCACAGAGGAUGGCUUCACUCCGCUGGCUGUCGCACUGCAGCAGGGCCACAACCAGGUGGUGGCUAUUCUCCUGGAGAACGACACCAAGGGGAAGGUGAGGCUGCCAGCCCUGCACAUUGCUGCCCGCAAGGACGACACCAAGUCCGCGGCACUCCUUCUCCAGAACGACCACAACGCUGACGUGCAGUCCAAGAUGAUGGUUAAUAGGACUACUGAGAAUGGAAAGAGCGGUUUCACUCCACUGCACAUUGCUGCCCACUAUGGGAAUGUCAAUGUUGCCACACUGCUGCUCAAUCGCGGAGCUGCUGUCGACUUUACUGCCAGGAAUGGAAUCAUACCCCUCCACGUAGCUUCCAAAAGAGGGAACACCAAUAUGGUACGUCUCCUCCUGGAUCGGGGAUCACAGAUCGAUGCCAAGACCAGAGAUGGGCUGACACCCCUGCACUGCGCUGCACGAAGUGGGCAUGACCCAGCCGUGGAGCUUCUUCUGGAGAGGGGCGCGCCCAUGCUAGCAAGGACAAAGAAUGGACUGUCUCCUCUUCACAUGUCUGCCCAAGGAGACCAUGUAGAGUGUGUCAAACACCUGCUGCAGCACAAAGCACCUGUAGAUGAUGUCACACUGGACUACUUGACUGCCCUUCAUGUUGCUGCGCACUGUGGUCACUACAGAGUAACAAAACUGCUUCUGGACAAGAGAGCCAAUCCUAAUGCCCGUGCACUGAAUGGAUUCACCCCACUGCACAUUGCAUGCAAGAAAAACCGAGUCAAAGUCAUGGAACUCCUUGUCAAAUAUGGAGCUUCAAUCCAAGCCAUAACAGAGUCUGGCCUUACUCCAAUACAUGUGGCUGCCUUCAUGGGCCACUUGAAUAUAGUCCUGCUCCUGCUGCAGAAUGGAGCUUCUCCAGAUGUCACUAACAUUCGCGGGGAGACGGCCCUGCACAUGGCUGCUCGGGCUGGGCAGGUGGAAGUUGUCCGCUGCCUCUUGAGAAAUGGAGCACUUGUGGAUGCUAGAGCUAGGGAGGAUCAGACCCCCCUACACAUUGCUUCCCGCCUGGGUAAAACAGAAAUCGUGCAAUUAUUACUGCAGCACAUGGCACACCCAGACGCAGCCACCACAAACGGCUACACCCCCCUGCACAUCUCAGCCAGAGAGGGGCAAGUGGAUGUGGCCUCAGUUCUCAUAGAAGCUGGAGCCUCACACUCCUUAGCCACAAAGAAAGGAUUCACCCCCUUGCAUGUGGCUGCUAAAUAUGGAAGCCUGGAUGUGGCAAAACUCCUCCUGCAACGCCGGGCUCCUCCUGACUCUUCUGGGAAGAAUGGCCUCACCCCUCUUCAUGUUGCUGCUCACUAUGAUAACCAGAAGGUGGCAAUGCUGUUACUGGAAAAAGGGGCCUCUCCCCAUUCAACUGCCAAGAAUGGAUACACUCCACUACACAUAGCGGCAAAGAAGAACCAAAUGGACAUAGCCACCACACUUCUGGAGUACGGGGCGGAGACUAACAUUCUUACCAAGCAGGGCGUGACUCCGCUGCACCUGGCAUCACAGGAAGGACACACCGACAUGGUGGGCCUGCUUCUGAAGAAGGGGGCCACCAUCAAUGUGGGAACAAAGACUGGGUUGACAUCACUCCAUCUGGCAGCCCAGGAGGACAGGGUUACCGUGGCUGAAAACUUGGCAAAACAUGGCGCCAACCUUGAUGCGCAGACCAAGCUGGGCUACACUCCAGUGAUUGUAGCCUGUCACUAUGGAAACAUCAAGAUGGUAAACUUUCUUCUUCAGCACAGAGCAAACGUCAAUGCUAAAACUAAGAAUGGAUACACCCCCCUGCACCAGGCUGCUCAGCAGGGCCACACCCACAUCAUCAACACCCUCCUCCAGCAUGGCGCGAAGCCCAAUGCAGUCACUGUGAAUGGCAACACAGCCCUGGCCAUAGCCAGGCGUCUCGGAUACAUCUCGGUGGUCGAUACUUUGAAGGUGGUAACCGAGGAGGUCAUCACCACAACAACUACGGUGACAGAAAAACACAAGCUGAAUGUACCUGAGACCAUGACUGAGGUUCUGGAGGUAUCAGAUGAGGAGGGUGAUGAUACAAUGACUGGGGAUGGAGGAGAGUACCUGAGAGCAGAGGAUCUCAAGGAGCUUGGAGAUGACUCUCUACCUGGCCAGUACCUGGAUGGUAUGAAUUACUUAAGGUUCAGCUUAGAAGGAGGCCGAUCUGAAAGCCUGCGGUCCUUCAGUUCAGACAGGUCCCACACGCUGAGCCAGGGCUCUUACCUGAGGGACAGUGCCAUGAUCGAGGACAUGAUCGCUGCCACCAACCACCAGGUGUCUGCUCUGGCCAGGGAGCCUGAAAAGGACUCAUACCGUCUGAACUGGUGUACUGAGAACUUGGACAAUGUGGCUCUUUCUUCCAGCCCAAUUCAUUCAGGUUUCAUUAUGUGCCGCUCCUCUCCAUGCCUUGACCAUGACAACAGCAGCUUCCUGGUUAGUUUCAUGGUGGAUGCCCGCGGUGGAGCCAUGCGAGGUUGCCGUCACAAUGGGCUACGUAUUAUCAUCCCCCCUCGGAAGUGCACUGCCCCGACGCGGGUCACCUGCCGGCUGGUGAAACGACACCGACUGGCCACCAUGCCCCCUAUGGUGGAGGGAGAGGGCCUGGCCAGUAGGCUGAUCGAGGUGGGACCAUCUGGAGCUCAGUUCCUCGGUAAACUGCAUCUUCCUACUGCUCCUCCCCCUCUAAAUGAGGGAGAAAGCUUGGUUAGCCGAAUUCUCCAGCUUGGGCCACCUGGAACAAAAUUCCUUGGGCCGGUGAUAGUGGAGAUCCCCCACUUCGCGGCUCUGCGAGGGAAGGAGAGGGAGCUGGUGGUGCUGCGCAGUGAGACUGGAGAGAGCUGGAAGGAACACCACUGUGAAUUCAUUGAGGAGGAGCUGAACGAGAUCCUCAAUGGAAUGGAUGAAGAGCUAGACAGUUCAGAAGAACUGGAGAAGAAGCGCAUAUGCCGCAUCAUCACCAGAGACUUUCCACAGUACUUUGCUGUGGUGUCUCGAAUUAAACAAGACAGCAACCUGAUUGGACCAGACGGAGGUGUCCUAAGCAGCACUGUGGUGCCACAGGUCCAGGCCGUCUUCCCCGAGGGGGCCCUGACCAAGAGAAUCAGAGUUGGCCUUCAGGCUCAUCCAACGGACACUGAUCUAGUACGGAAGAUUCUCGGCAACAAGGCAACGUUCAGUCCCAUAGUCACACUAGAGCCCAGGAGAAGGAAAUUCCAUAAACCCAUAACUAUGACAAUUCCUAUUCCCAAAUCCACCACUGAUGGACUGAUGAAUGGAUAUGGAGGAGAUACCCCAACCCUCCGAUUACUGUGCAGUAUUACAGGUGGUACAACUCCAGCCCAGUGGGAAGACAUAACAGGAACUACACCGUUAACAUUUGUCAAUGAAUGUGUUUCCUUUACUACAAAUGUAUCCGCAAGGUUCUGGCUGAUAGACUGUCGGCAGAUCCAGGAGUCAGUUAACUUUGCCACACAAGUGUACAGAGAGAUAAUCUGUGUACCCUAUAUGGCCAAAUUUGUCAUUUUUGCCAAAUCGCAUGACCCUAUUGAGGCUCGGUUGAGGUGCUUCUGCAUGACAGAUGACAAGGUGGACAAGACCCUGGAGCAGCAGGAGAACUUCACUGAGGUGGCAAGGAGCAGGGAUGUGGAGGUUUUGGAAGGAAAACCAAUCUAUGCUGACUGCUUUGGGAACUUGGUGCCACUGACAAAGAGUGGUCAACAUCAUCUGUUCAGUUUCUAUGCCUUCAAAGAAAACAGACUUGCCCUCUUCAUCAAGGUUCGAGACAGCACUCAGGAUCCCUGUGGUCGAUUGUCCUUUAUGAAGGAACCCAGAUCCUACAGAGGUUUAGCACACCCUGCCAUUUGUAACCUAAAUAUAACAUUGCCUACUUACUCAAAGGAAUCUGAUUCGGAUCAGGAACAAGAGGAAGAGAUAAGCAAGACACCUGAAAAAUACGAAGAAGAGACUGAGUCAACUGAAACCUCUGCCCUGAAAACACAUUUGAUUCGGGAUGUCCCAGCACUGGCAAGCCCUGACUUGCUGUCUGAGGUGUCUGAGAUGAAGCAAGACUUGAUCAAAAUGACAGCAAUUUUAACAACAGACUCUACUGAGAAGACAAGCCCCAUAGAGGGAAGUGGACUUGAGAGGGGGGCAGAGGAGGAGACUGGAGAGCCUUUUGAAAUUGUAGAAAAAGUUAAAGAGGACUUGGAGAAAGUGAGUGAAAUUCUGAGAAGUGGGACAUGCAAAGAUAAGAAAGAGAUACAGAAGAAAGAUGGUGCGGUCAAAGUAAUCAAAGGAGAGGAAGAGUGGGUUCUACUUAGCGACAGUGAGAUCGAAGAAGCCAAACGGGAAGCCUCCAAAGAAGUGCAUGAACCCAGCUUUCAGGAAACUAAAAUUAACAGAGGCACAUCACAACAAGAAAUUACCAAGGACAUAACGGGGAUGGUUUCCUACCUGUCUGAGGAGCUUAAUGAAUAUCUUGCCUCUCAACCUGCUGUGCCUGCUAGUCAACACCAAGAAAUUGUUCAAGAACAGUUUGAAGAAGUUCUUGUGAAAAGAGAAACUACAAAGAAAUAUGACUAUUCUUCACUAGAGGAAGUCAAAAAGACUCCCACUGAGAUUAAGAAACCAGUGAGGAGAAAACUGAAAGAACGAACGGAAAGAACACAAAUGUACAAUGAGGAAUCACAGGUUCAAGACUCUGGAUCUGAUAUCUCUAGGUUUAGCUCAGAAGAGUCUUUAGAUGGAAACUUGGUUUUGUCUACCCCAGCCGCCCCAGCUGCAGCGCAAGUGUCACCUGUGGUGGAGGAGACCCCUAUCGGUUCAAUAAAGGAAAAAGUAAAAGCGCUUCAAAAGAAAGUGGAACUGGAAGAAAAGGGGCGCAAGCAAAUAAGUAGUAGAGCUCAGGGGAGUGAGGAAAUGAAAAUGACUGAAGUUAAAAGAGAAAUAUCCAUAAAACAGCCACCUCCUGUAGAAUCUAGUACAUCUGAAAGACUAGAAGAGACCAUGUCAGUCCGUGAACUAAUGAGAGCUUUCCAGAAAGGGCAGGAUCCCUCUAAGAGAAAGUCAGGGCUCUUUGAGCACAAAGCUAUUCGUUCAACAACAGAGCAAACCCAUUCUGUUGAUGUGACACAAGAUACAAUAUCCACAACAGACACAGAGGAUAAAAAGACAAUGCAAAAAACUGACAGUAUUCCCACACAUGAUCAAGCUGUUAUUAGUCAUUCAGUACCUUCACCUGUUAGUAAGGCUAACCACCUAGCCAAAUAUACCACAGUCUCAAUUGAAGAUGAAUGUUUGUCCUCUAAAGCUUCAGCCAUUACUCUUGAUGAGCAAUCACAGCAGCAUGAUGACAUAGUUGAUACCAAAAGUACUGAUGACCACUACAAAGAGAUGGAUUUGCAGAUCAGCCCUGAUAGGAAAACAUCAACUGAUUUCAGUGAUGCUAUUAAAGCAGAGCUUGAGGACAAUGAUGAAUACCAGCAGUUCAGAAAGACAUCUGAUACUGAGGGUCUCCGUUUGGAAAAAGUAGUUACAAGCCCUGUUAAGCAUGACCUGAAUAUUACUUUCCCAUCUGAUUAUUCUAAAGAGGAGUUUCUACCAGACAUAGCACUGCAAAAUGGCACUUUAGAAGAUAGCUCUGACAGCCUCAGACAUGAGGGUGCUACUGAUUCCCCAAGUGUUAGCUUAGGUGAUGGCACUCCCCAGAUAAGCUCUGAGGAAAGUUAUAAACAUGAGGGUUUGGCAGAGACUCCAGAAACAAGCCCUGAAAGCCUAUCAUUUUCACCAAAGAAAAUUGAGCAGCAAGUAGUAGUAGUAAAGGAAAUGGUACAUACAUUAUGCACAAAACAGAAUGAUGUACAAUACAGUCAAUAUGUAUCUGCCACAUAUGAAAAUGCUGAUUCUGUCAUACAAUUGGAAGAACCUGAAGCAAAAGAAAAGGCUGAAAGCUUGGCUGCUGAAUCUACUGUUGAUUCUGGCUUUGUUGCAUUUGAUCAACAGCAUUCUACUGAAAUUACACUCCCUACAUCACCCACUGGGGAGGCUGAUGAUCAGACUACAAGUGAGUCAACGUCUGGCCUGCAAGGUGACUUGUGUUUCCAGGGGGGUGAGGCUACAAAGAAAAAAGAAGCUUCACCAAAAAAUCAAUACAAAAUGCGAUCAGAUUCAAAAAAAAUCUCAGAUACCACUGAUACCCUUUUGAACCGGGAUGAUGAUGAGGACAAACUUGAAAGGGAAAGCCAAAUGGUAGUCAGUCCUUGUGAUUUACCAAUGGAAACAGGAACCACUUAUAGUCAUGAAGGCUUAGACCUGGCACUCUAUCAGCAAGACACAGGAGACCUUAGCCCAUUGGCAGAUGAUUCUUUGACCAUCAGCCACAAGGAUUCCUUAGAGGCUAGUCCAGUACUGGAGGAUAACUCUUCACACAAAACUCCUGAUUCUAUUGAGCCAAGUCCAACUAAGGAAUCUCCAUGCCGCGACUCAUUAGAAAGUAGCCCAGUAGAACAACAGGUAAGGCCAUGCAUUUCUUUAGAGGAGCAAUCAUGUGGGUCUUCUUGGCAGACUUUUCCAGUAAAGACAGAUUUUCCUCCUGAAGCUGUGCGUCAUAGGCUCCUCAGGGACCCUGAGGGUAGUGCAGAUGAUGACAGCUUGGAGCAAACCUCCCAAAUGGAAAGUUCAGGAAAGAGUCCUCUCUCACCUGACACCCCUAGCUCUGAAGAGAUAAGCUAUGAAGUCACACCCAAAACACCUGAAACACAAUUUCUGCCUUUACCAGCCGCUAUCCUGGAAGAUACUGAGGAAGUUGAAGAAGAUGAUUCGUCAGAUAGUAGUGAGCUCCAAAAGCAGUUUACUCCAGAAGAAGAAAUGUUUAAAAUGGCAGCCAAAAUUAAAACAUUUGAUGAAAUGGAACAAGAUGCUAAAUGUAAAAGAGACAACAGAAAGCAAACAGACACUUAUAUGGUCUCUGAAAUGGAAGAUGAUAAACACGUGCCUGUGGAAAUAAUCUCUCCAGGUAGUAGCUCUUCAGAAAGUGAGCCAGAACUGACCAAACUUAAAGCAGAUUCAUGUCUUUGCAUAGAACCAAUUAUUACAGUCCAGCCUCCGUCUCCUCUUCCACCAGGCACGGAUGACAGCUCCAGUCCUGAAGAGACAGAUCUCCAGCAUGCAAUUAUCCAAUCAGAUUAUUCAGAAAGAGAAGCAGAAAUGCCAGACUGUAUUUCACAUGGUAAACCAACAUUUCACUCAUAUCCCGAGACAAUAUCUACUCAUACUGACACAUUUUCUUCUAUAACAAGUCCAACAGCUGAUAAAGUGUCAGACAAUUCUCAUGAUCAAUUAGUUGAGUCUAGUGAAACUGAAAAUACUGAAAGACAGGAUCCACAGGUACCAUCUGAUUUGGAGUAUCAACAGGAAGAAAAAGAUUCUGCAAAAGUAACAAGCGCUUAUGAUAAUGUAGAUUCCAAAUUUCCUCCCACUACUGCUGAUGUUCAGGAGGAGGAAAAUAGAACCGAUGAACAACAGGGGGUACUUGUCAGUAAAACAACAACAGAGGCUGGGGAGAACAAUGAUGAGGAAGAUAAAGACUGCCCAUAUAGUUCCCAUGUGCCAGAUAUACUGGAAGAAGUAAAUGUAACAGAUGAAAUCAAGAAGGAACAUGUUAGAUGUUCUAGAGAAUCGACAGGAGAGAUUGAUGAAGAAUACAAUUUAAACACAGACUUUGAACAACCCCAUUUGCAAUUUGGACCAGAGAUCUGUGUUUAUGAGGACACUGGCAUGGACAACAUACAUGUUUCUGCUCACACUACCCAGUCCAAGGGAGUCACUGCGAGGACAGAAUCUGACAUAGAUUCCUGGAGUGCAAUGCGAGAGGAUGAUGAUGCUUUUGAAGCCCGUGUGAAGGAAGAGGAGCAGAAAAUAUAUAGUUUGAUGGUUGACAAGCAGUCACAGGGAGCAACUCCAGACACAACCCCAAUUAUAACUCCUACUGAGGAGGGAACACCCGCAAGUGAGCAAAACCCUUUCUUAUUCCAGGAAGGGAAAUUGUUUGAAAUGACCAGAAGUGGUGCCAUUGAUAUGAGCAAAAGGAGCUAUGUUGAUGAAAGUUUCCACUUUUUCCAGAUAGGUGAACAGCCUCUGGAGGAGGUUUUGUCAGAUGAAGCCAGAGAAUAUCCCAUCGGUCAUGAGUCUUCUUCAGCAGAAGCUUCUAUGUAUGUCACUCUUUCUGAUGAUGUUCCACAUGACUUAACAGUAGAGGCAGCAGAAGCACCUAUUCUUGAAUCUCCCUCUCAACCAGAGACAACUGAAGAAAAUUUGAUAGCCAUAAAUUCUGAAACAAAGUCCAGAAUCCCAAUCAAAAUGGGGAUUUCUGCUUCUGCCAAAUCCCAAAAGAAAGACUCUCCUCUCCCUGAAAUUGUAGAAGUAAAACAUUUUCCACUCAAGGAACCUGUAUGUGACAGCCCUCAUGACAUGGCUUCCAUGGAACCAUCCAUAACAAAUGUGCAGCUAGACUUUUCCACGGUUACUAGGUCUGUUUAUUCUGAACAAGAUGAUGAGUCUUCAGACUCUUCCCCUGAAGACCAGCGGUCAGUAAUUGAAAUUCCUACUGCUGCAACAGAGAGUGUAGCUGGCAGCAAACCAGUAUCUAAGAUCCCUGUCAAGGCUACAUCACCUGUAGCUCAAAAAACAGUGAUUCUGCCCAGGGACAUGUCUUCUCCAUCCAUCUCUGCUUCUGCUACUUAUAAGGAACAGUCCAUAGAGGAGGAAACAAAACCCAAAUCUAAAAUACCAGUGAAGUUAGGUGGUCUUAAAUCUGAAACUGCCUCUGAUUUCUCAAUAAACCGAGCAGAGUCCCUCAAGGCUCCGGAAAGGAAAUGCAAAAUUCCAGUGAAACAAGAUCAAAGAAGCAAGUCCGAGUCAGAUGCUAGCAGCUCUGCAGAAGCCAGAUCUAAAUGUUCUUCCAAAACCGGGAGUUACUGUGAGGCUGAACCUCAGGAAACAAAAGAGGCGGCUUUAAGUGGAACAGAAAGUCCUGAUGUUACUAUACCCAAAACAUUCCAAUCAAGACUUCCUGUAAAGAGUAAACCUGGCCAGUCAUUCCAAACAUCCACCCCUGCCAAAGAGGGAUUUUUUGAAUUCUACAAGGAUUCCAUAGAAUUCUUUGAAGAAAUUAGUGAUGAAGCCUCAAAGUUAGUUGAAAGGUUAAAAGAAGCAGAGCAUGCAAAAGAACUAGUUUCAAAUGACGAAAGUGGUACCGUAGAAGUCUCAGUUAUUGAAAAUAAGCCGUUGUCAGAAUCACAGAUGCCCCUUCCUGAAGACAUCUUUGACAUGAGACCCAUCUGGGACGAGUCUGUUGAGACUCAGAUCCAACGAAUUCCUGAUGAAAAUGUCCACAAUCAAAGUGAAGAUCCACAGGAUGAUGAAGAAAGAAGUGAGGAAAGGUUGGCAGUCAUUGUGGACCACUUAGGCUUCAGUUGGACAGAAUUAGCCCGGGAGUUGGAGUUUACUGAAGAUCAGAUUAAUCAAAUAAGAGUUGAGAACCCCAACUCAUUACUGGACCAGAGUUACGCCUUACUGAAGUACUGGAUGGAGAGGGAUGGCAAACAUGCAACAGAAAAUAAUCUAAUCAAGACGCUCACAAAAAUUAAUCGGAUGGAUAUUGUUCACCUGAUUGAAACAUCAAGCAUACACCCCAGCCAAGAACAGACCUCCCGCACCUAUGCAGAGAUUGAGCAGACCAUAGCACUGGACCACAGCGAAGGAUUCUCUGCACUUCAUGAAGACAUUUACAGCCCAAGGACUUCACAGCACAUAGAGACCACAGCCAGCGACCUUCCAACUUCAGAGCAGCAGCCCCCUAUGGUGUCAGAGGAAGACAUCUCAAUUAGUUACUCGUCACUGCAUGAAGCUGCUCCCAGGGGUGAAGCAGACAUAUCAAUCACAGAGCUUCUGAGGCACACAAAAAGGGAGAAGCUAGAAGCCAAGAUGUAUGGAAAGACUGAGGCACACCAAGAAGAGCCAUCUGCUGACCAUGAAUACAUUACAGGCCAAGGAUCUCAAGAAACAACCAUGUCAGCACCUUUAAAGGAAGAAGCACAAUCGCUGUCGCUGGCAGACUGUGUGAGAGGCCAGGCCAAACAAGUAAGUCCUUCCAUCCAUGAACCCACUCCUGAGCCCUCCAUCCAUGAGCACAGACAAUCCAUUCCCAGUCAUUCCCAUGAGUACAAGGAAACCACCCCAGAACAAAGGGUGUAUCCCCCCUGCUACACAAACUCAAACCCUGACUACGUAGAGACGACCUCUGAUGACAGAGAACCCACUCCUAAUCACAGAGAAAAUACUCCCGAGAACAGGGAUCCUGCCUAUGAAUACAAAGAGACAACCCCUGACUACAUACAGGCUAGCUCUGUUGAAAGAGAGUCUCCUACUGACAACAAAUGGGCUCAUCGUCACUACGUGGAACCUACUAUCAGCUACACAGAAACUGACCCUACCAACAGAGUACCUUCCCCAGAGGACAGUGAGCCUUCUGAUGAUGACAGAGAGUCUACCACUGAUUACAAGAUGGUUACCUCUGACUACAUUGAGGCUGCCUCUGAUGACAGAGAACCCACUCUUGACUACAUGGCUCCUACAGUGAACUACACAGAAGGUAACAAAAAAGAACCUACCCCCGACUAUGCAGAAUUGACUCCUGAUUACAGAGAACCUAUUUCCCACUACAGAGAAUCUUCUCCUGACUUCAAGAUGGUUACCCCUGACUGUAAAGAACAUUCCCUUGGAUACACAACAUCUACUUCUGACUACAAAGAACCUACCACUGACUACACUGCAUCUACCCCUGACUACAGAGAACCUACCACUGACUACCCGGUGGCUAUCUCUUACAACAGAGAAGAUACCCCUGACUAUAUAGAGGCUGCCUUUAAUGAAAGAGAGCUAACUCUUGACUGCAGGGAUCCUGCAAUCAACUACGCAGAAGCCAACACUAACGAGAAAGAACCUACCCCUGACUGCAGAGAAUCUACUCCUGAUUACAGAGAACCUAUUUCCCACUACAGAGACUCUUUUCCUGACCACGUAGAAUUUACUGCUGACUUCAAGAUUGUUACCCCUGACUACAAAGACCAUACCCCUGGCUACAAAGAACAUACCAGUGACUACACUGCAUCUACCCCUGACUGUAAAGAACCUACCACUGACUACCCGGUGGCUAUCUCUUACAACAGAGAAGAUACCCCUGACAACAUAGAGGCUGCCUCUAAUGAAACAGAGCUAACUCUUGACUACAGGGAUCCAGUAAUCAACUAUGCAGAAGGUAACACUAACGAGAUAGGACCUACCCCUGACUGUAGAGAAUCUACUCCUGAUUACAGAGAACCUAUUUCCCACUACAAAGAAUCUUCUCCUGACCACAUAGAAUUUACUGCUGACUUCAAGAUUGUUACCCCUGACUACAAAGACCAUACCCCUGGCUACAAUGCAUCUACCCCUGACUACAAAGAACAUACCAGUGACUACACUGCAUCUACCCUUGACUACAAAGAACAUACCAGUGACUACACUGCAUCUACCCUUGACUACAAAGAACAUACCACUGGCUAUACUGCAUCGUCCCCUGGCUACAGAGAACCUGCUCCUGACUGCAUAGAGGCUGCCUCUGAUGACAGACUUGACAACACAGAUCCUACAAUCGCCCACUCAGAGGAUAACAUCAACAACAGGAAGCCCACUCCAGACUACAGAGAAUCUACCCCUGACUAUACAGAGAUUACCUCUGAAUUUAUAGAUGCUUCCUCUGACUUCAUGGAGGCUAACUCUGAUGAUGUAAAACCAAAUAUCAACUACAGAGAACCUACUGAUGACAGAGAAUCAAGUCCAGAGUACAUGGAGACCUUUACGGAGGCUGCUAGCGACUUCAGAGAAUUUACUCUUGAUGACAGAGAUUCAGGUCCAGACAUUGAGACCUUUGUAGAGGCUUUCAGCGACUACAGAGGUUCUACCCCUGACUACAGAGAGGCUACUGCCAAAGAGGUGCCCUCAGAAGCUGAAGAACCAAUUGUUCAGGAGCCAGAGGAAGCCCAGGGCAAACAUGAGCCAAUAGUGCCCCCCAGAACGAGUGGUCCCACUAUUGUAGAGUCCCUUGAUGAACACCCAGACAGGCUGAGCAAAUAUCAGGAUGACGAGUCUCUAGAGAGGGAGAUAGCAGAGGAGCUAGGUGAGCUGGAGGAUAGUUCAGAUGAAGAGGAGGUGGUAACUACCAGGGUCAUCCGGCGACGAGUUGUCAUCCAGGCUGAUGAUAUGCCAGACUUUCCACCAGAGUCAGUGACGGAGGAGCAGUACACAGACGAGCACGGCCAUGUGGUUGUAAAGAAGGUCACAAGAAAAAUAAUCAGACGUUACAUUUCUCCGGAUGGCACAGAGAAAGAAGAAGUUAUAAUGCAGGGGCCACAGCAAGAUCCAAUCCUUAUUGAGGAAGGAGAUGGCUAUUCCAAGGUUGUAAAGAGAACAGUGCUGAAGAGUGACAGUGACCAAACAGAGGUAACUUUCUCUGAACCCCAGGCCUUCGCGGGCAGCUUAUCUGAGUUCCAAAUGGAGCCGGUGCACGGCCGCAAGGUCAGCAAAGUUAUCAAGACCACAGUGGUGCAGGGGGAGAGGAUGGAGAAACACCUCGGAGAUGCCACGUUAGCCACUGAUCUUCCAUCAGCCAAAGAUGACUUUGAACAGGCCCUGAGUUAUGCAGGGGGCUCUGGGAAAGUUCAUCUCCCAUGUAUAGUAGAGCAGGAGAUUGUAAAAGAGGAUGGAUCAGUGAUAAAAAGGACAAGGAUGAGUAAAGCUAGCUCUCAGAAGAGGACUGUGGUGAAGGACGCUGAGGGGAAGCAUGUGCAUGUGGAGCAGCUGGAGGACGUCCCUGAGGCUCUGCAGCAAGAUGACCUUCAGCACGACCUGCACCAGCUCCUCUGCCGCUUCUGCACAGACGACCUUCAGCAUGAGGCCAAAUAAAAUGGCCCAGACUUUUCUUUCUGUUUUUUUUUUUUUUUUUUUUGUUGUUUGUUUAGUUUUUUAACACAUAUCUAAUCGGUACAAUGCAUCCGGUUUGCAGACAGAUCCCAUCUUUAUCUGAAGUCACUUAAAAGAAAGAAUUCAUGUAUUAAUGGUAUUUUUUUUUUUUUAUGUUUCGUUUUUUUUUUUUUUACUUUUUGCUAAUUUUGUGACCAAAGAUAGUAUCCAUUACUGUAGGAUUUCUUAAAGCUAGAUCUUCUUAUUUGUUGCUGUAAAAUAGACAACGGAAGAGCAAACUGCAAAGUCAACUUCGUCCACAGACCUCUUCGAAAUUACUCUAUGAACUGUCUAACAAAAAGGGAUGCGUGCGACAGUAUAAAAUGUACAUAUAGCUAAAGUGCUUGGACUUGUCAAACUACAUUCACUGCCUAUCAUAACCACACAAAAACAUCACUGAUUACAAGAUCUGUUUGUCCUUGUGGAAUGGUUAAGAAUUUACUGAUAUCACCACAGUAAUCAACCGUGUGUACAGGCCAAUUAUAGAGCACUUAAACCAAGCGGUGGCAGAUGUAGCGUAUUUGGAAUUUUGUAUUGAUCUUGAUUAUGAUAUUAAUAAAAGAAGUAAAUGUCAUAUAAGCCACCUGAGAUCAUCACCCAAGCUGGUUACAUGAACCAUCUUAACUGCAUUUAUAAGCUAAACUGUAUGCUAGCACCAAUACUAUAAUACUUUUUCAAACUGAGUGCAUAAAGCUGCAAUACAGUCCAUAGGGUUUCCUUCCUCAGAAAGCUAUGCCAUCGCUUUUUAUCCUAAUCCACCUUCUCUGUCUGCUAUAUAUAGGUGUGUGUGUGUGUGUGUGUGUGUGCGAUUGCCAUGGUUCAUCUUACUGGCCACUGCACUGCAGCAAAAUUGGCGCUCAUACCAGUGCUUCUAGUUGGGCAGACUACUGUUUCACCAUAUUUAUCAGAAUUGUCUUUUUUGUACAUGCAUGUGAAAUACAAUGCUGCUGUUAUAAUGUACUCGCUUGUUAACCCUCCUGGCACGAGAGAGGUCUUCUUCAGCCUCCACUUGUGAAUAUUUUUUCUUUUGUUUUAGUUUCACUGGACAUUUUCAGGUACUUUUUAUUUUGAAAUGUUUUUUUUUCAAGAUUGUAAAUCAACCCUCUGGGAACUGCUGCAGCAUUUCAGCACUUUUAAACAGAAGGAUAACACUAGUAAAUAUUUCCUUUAGUAUCAGCCCGAUCAUAGCAAAUGUUGUAAUGUGAUAUGAAUAUAAAUAUAUACAUAUAAAAAAAAAAAUGAAAAUACUGUUUGAUAAAAAUGUGCGUACGAAAGUUGUCAAUGUGUAUGGUACUAAAAGGGUUGAUACAAUGUUUUAAUCAUUUUGCUUUUUGCAACCCAAUGAUCCAUCUCACUCAGUGCUCAGACUGAAAACGUGAACACAUUGGGGACAAAGGGACUUCCUUAUUUGAUCAAUUUGCCUGUAGUAUGAAAUAUACAGUUUUGCUGUCAAAAGAUGCACUCCCCUCCAUCACUGCUGCAGAUCCUACAGACUUAGGAAUGAAGGUGUUUUCAUUGGUUAGCCCUCCAGGCAGGCUCAAAGAAAAGUAUCUGUGAUGUUAUUUGCUGUGCAGACUAUAUCUAUGUAAUGAUAUAACGGUUUUUCACUUUUUACUUUGCGUGUAAUCCAAGAAUUUGAGAACUGUGAGAGAAGUAAGCGUUAAGUUGACGAGUCAGCAUCUUGUUCCCAUGGUGAUAUAUAUAUAUAUAAAUCUGAGGACAUGUAUUAGUUUAAAAUAAUUAAAGAAACAUUAAAACACUAACAAUGCAUAGCAGCUGCAAUGUGUACAUGGCUGGUUUAAUUAAAUAAAAUGAACAAGUGUUAAAUGUA